GGAGCUACUGGGCUGAUGGAGCCUGAGCUGCUGGACCUCCCCCUCGGGGUCAAGAUCCCUGUGGUGCCCGGCUCCAAGCCUGUCUUCAGCAGGGCAAAGCUGGGGGAAAAGCUUCACCGGCCCUCAGGCUAUUUUGACCUGGGCGAUCCCUACUGUCGCCUAACGAGCACAGAGUACAACAGCCUCCAUGACCCGCAUCUGCAGGCCUACUACAAACGCAAAGACAACCUCCGGAGGCUGAAGAAAGAGGGUUACGUCACCAGCGACGGCAAAGUAGGUUUGGGCGUCGCUGGGCUGGGAAAAACGGUUCCCUCCGCGCGGGGUUCCCUGAGCACAGAGGCGGCGUACGCACAGCAGCAGCUCCCCUCCCGCUGGGUUCGGGCUCUUUCGGGGAAGGCAGGCUGCGUAGCUGGCUUGACAGUGCUCGGGUGAUUUCUCCCCUCGUCUCUCCAUAGGUGGUUUGCACUCUGAAGGAGUUCAACGAGUACAGGCAGUAUCUGACCAGGCUCAAGCUGGAGGCAGAGAAAAUGGCCAGGCAAGAAAAGGUAGGCAAAGCGGAGUGCUGGCGGACACCUGUCAGCGGCACGGUGCCGAGGGCUGGGGCUUGACUUGCUGCAUCUCGGGGAGGCGGUCAGCGCGGAGGAGGAGGAGAGGGCUGUGCUGGUGGGCCGGGCACUGUGGCGGCAAAAGUACUAGCCGGCUCGGAGCUGAGCUAGCGCAGGGUGCUGGCGUGGGCACAGGCAGGAAGGUCGUGUGCAAGCAGGCUCCGUCCUGAGGGAAGCCCUUCUG